AUGAAAGAAAGCAAUCAGACCACUUUGCCGAAGGAAUUUAUCUUAAUGGGGCUUACAGACAACGCUACAAUCAAAGUUGCACUUUUUGCUGUGUUCAAUGUGAUUUACAUAGCAGCCAUGAUUGCCAACCUGCUCAUAGUCAUGUUGGUCAAAGCAGAUUCUCGCCUUCACACACCAAUGUAUUUCUUCUUAUCGAACUUCUCCAUCUUGGAGGUUUGCUACACUUCAACUGUGGUGCCCCAGAUGCUAUCUCACCUUCUGGCUGAGAAAAAGAGCAUCCCACUGAUCCAGUGUGCUGUGCAACUGUAUUUCUUCCUUUCAUUUGGCAUUACAGAAUGUUUUCUUCUCACUGUCAUGUCAUAUGACCGUCAUGUUGCCAUUUGCUUUCCACUGCACUAUAGCCUCAUCAUGACCAACCGGGCAUGUAUUGCAAUGGCCACAACUUCUUGGGUGGGUGGCUUCUUUUUUUCUGCCAUCAACACUGCAUUCACUUUGAAACAAUCCUUUGGUGACCAUAACAAGAUAGACCAUUUUCUCUGUGAAAUGCCAGCCUUAGUCAGUAUAGCUUAUGGAGGGACACACCAAGCCAAGAUGUGCAUGUUUAUUUCCUGUGUGUUCACCUUGAUAUUACCUCUUUUGUUAAUACUUGUGUCUUAUACUCGCAUACUCUACACCAUCCUUGGUAGCCAUUUUGGUAUGGGGACACGCAAGGCCCUCUCCACUUGCUCCUCACACUUGACUGUGGUCACACUCUUUUUUGGAUCAGUCCUUUCAAUAUAUCUGAGACCAAAAUCCAGUGCAUCAAAGGAGCAUGUCAAAAUAGCCUCUGUGUUUUACAUAGUCAUCACUCCUGCACUCAGCCCCUUCAUAUACAGUCUGAGAAAUAAAGAUGUGAUGCAAGCCCUAAAGAAAUUGAUGCAUAAAAGCAGAGAGCUUAACUAA